GAAUUGUACGUGUGCAUAAUCGAGUGCGAUGAGCAUGCUAUUGACGAUUUGUGCGCUCGCCUUACUGGUGGGUCCAUCCCAAUUUGUGUUGGGUCAGAACAAUGAAGUUGGCACGAACCCACUGGUCACGCAACUCUUCGAUAAUGCAACGCAACCCAUCGGUAUUACAAUGCUACCCAUCGUUAAUACAACGCUACCCAUCGUUAAUACAACGCUACCCAUCGUUAAUACAACGCUACCCAUCGUUAAUACAACGCUACCCAUCGUUAAUACAACGCUACCCAUCGAUAAUACAACGCUACCCAUCGAUAAUACAACGCUACCCAUCGAUAACACAACGCUACCCAUCGAUAACACAACGCUACCCAUCGAUAACACAACGCUACCCAUCGAUAAUACAACGCUACCCAUCGAUAAUACAACGCUACCCAUCGAUAAUACUACGCUGCCCAUCAAUAAUACAACAUUACCCGUGAAUGAGACUAUGGUGCCCACAGAUAAUACCACGGUGCAAGUUGACAACACGACGUUGCCUACUAACAAUACCACUCAGGCAGACGGCAACACUACUCUGCCGACAGAAACCCCCACUGAACCAUUUGGAAUUGUCAAUGUGACUGCGUUGAACAUCACUAUGCUCGCCAAUGUAACAUCCGUAUGUGAGUGCGAGACAAAUAUCAUGCACAAUACCAGCUGCUAUCAGACAUUGGCGGACGCUAUAGAUGCGGCAGAAGACGACGACACAAUAUUUAUAGGAGGUCGUGUGUACGUUUCUGAGCCUGUGCAGUAUACCAAGAGUAUCACAAUCGCGGGGUCGUCCUGUUCUGAUAACGUUGAUGAAAAUGCCAAGCUCAUUGCUAAUUUCAAUUCACCUCAUGGGGCUAUUUUAGAGAUGACAAACAUGCCACGCCAAUCUCUGAAUCUGUCAGAUAUCGAAAUUACAAGUGGGGGGGGCCUUCUGGCAGCUGCAGUACACGGGCUUCUUGAAGAGGUGGAUGAUGUCGCGCAGAACAUUGGAUUCAACUUCUCAAAUGUGUAUAUUCACGAUAUGGACAGCAAUGAAACUGGUAUAGCUGCUGCUGCACUAGGUACAUUCGGUUCAAUGUUCGACGAAAAGUGUGUGUUUGCCAACCUUUUUGCAGAAACGAAUGAUACCGACAACUAUCACGGAGGUGCGGCAAUAAGACUCGAUUACAACAAUGGACGCUUAGAUAUUCAAGGGGAAUUUAGCAACAACACUGUUUCUUUUCCCUACCCUGGAACAAGACACGCAGGUGGUGGAGCAAUCUAUCUGGAUUACAUGGAUGGGGUAGUAACAAUCGGUGCUACUUUUAGAAACAAUAUCGGUAAUCAGGGAGGAGCCGUCAUGAUACAAGGCCUUGUAGGCGAUUUGGUGGAUAAUGGUACAUACAUUAACAAUCUAGCAAGAGACGAUGGAAACAGUGCAAGGUUCGGUGCUAUUGGUAUCUUAAAACUGCACGAGUAUGCUCGGGCACGAAUGAUGGGAACUUACACUAACAAUACAGCGCAGGGUCGAGGCGGCGCUCUUGGAACCAACAUGCACCUUGCAGGAUCAGAAUUCAAGAUGCAAGGCCAUUUUGAGCGCAAUUAUGCGAUGUCAAAGGGUGGUGUAUACGGUGUUCAAUCCGACACUGAUAUGCACGGCACUGUUAUGCUGGAUAGCAACUGUACCUUCAAGGACAACGUCGCCAAUGAGGACAACAAUCGUUCCAGUAUCUAUUAUAUCAAAGAGGACGCGCAGUAUUUCUCCGAAGAAGAGUGGAAGGGCGAAGCGGUGUACAUCAGCGAAAUCGACCCAGAGACCUCGUCACGUCCUAGUGUCACGCCAAGUGCGACGCCCUCUACAAGUGUCAGCCCCAGUCCUAGUCCUACACCUUCAGCAACGGCAAGCGCAUCACCGACUGCCUCGGCAAGCCCGAGCGCGACCCCCACACCCAGUGCAACGCCUUCCAUGAGCCCAAGUUUGACACCAUCGAUCAGCCCAAGUUUGACACCAUCGAUCAGCCCAAGUUUGACACCAUCGAUCAGCCCAAGUUUGACACCAUCGAUCAGCCCAAGUUUGACACCAUCGAUCAGCCCAAGUUUGACACCAUCGAUCAGCCCAAGUUUGACACCAUCGAUCAGCCCAAGUUUGACACCAUCGAUCAGCCCAAGUUUGACACCAACCAUUAGCCCAAGUGUGACUCGUGAUCCAAUGGAGUGA